UAUAGCGCACACCAAGCCUAACAAAAAUGGCAAAGGCGGUAGCCCUCAUCGCUUUUGCCCUCGGCGUCUUGGCCAUAGCCGGCAAUGUCCAAGCUGGCUUCGAUAAUUCCGGGAAGUUCGUAAAAGAAAAUAAGUUUUACGUCGAUUCUACAAAUAAGUUUUCGGUCGAAGGCAAAGUCCUUUGCGCCACAUGCAAUGUGAAUUCCGGGACCGAUUUCCAGCCGUUGGGAAAGGUUGAGGUAGAAAUCAAAUGCAGAAGUCGUAAGAACGGGACGGUAACGCUUAUCCAGCCUGCCUUAGCGGACGACGGCGGCUACUACAAAACGUACGUCGAGGAUGGUCACCACGAUGACCUAUGCAUGGUGAGGGCCGUCGCCAGUCCUGACCCUCGAUGCAACGUGAAAGCGCCCGGAUUCAGAAGUGCAAGAAUCACCCUCGGUAAUUAUAGUUACAAAUAUUUAUACGACAAGGAUUCUACCAAAUCCAAGGACAGCACCCUCUACGUCGAGAAGCUAAUGGUUUUCUUGAACAAUGAAGCCCUUCCCAACUGCCGCAGAGUGCGGGGCAAGAGGGGUAAUCUAAUCCCAAAAGGGGUGCUCGAUUACGCUGGCUUGAGUGGAAAAAUAAAAUGAAGAAGAAGAACAAUGAGGAGAGGGUUACUAUAGUAGUAACUCAAUUAAUUACUACUAUAUGGGCAUUUAAUUUGCCGAGUUGAUUUUCAUACAAUGGCUUCUUCUUUCUUAUAUAUAUUUGCCAACCACUGUCAUCAUAUAUAUAUUGAGAUGUUCAAAACGUUAAUGAGAAUGACAAGUUCAAUAUCAGUUGUUUUCGA